AUGAGUGUAACAUUUCGAGUAGAAGUUUUGAAUACGGAAAACAACAAUACAGAAGCACUUCCAUUUAAUUUGGCAAAUGGUAAAAUCUCAGGAAAAUGUGCAAUUGAUCGAAAACAUGAUGCAAUAAUUAGUUCGACAAUUGAAGAAGAAAAUGGACGAGUCAAAAAAUUGAAAUUUGCUUUUAGAACGGUGAGCGAACAAAUUGAAGAUAUGUAG